AUGCGACAGCCACAACGAGCCGCACGGGGCAGCGGCCGCCCGCGGGCCGCCCGGCAGAGCCCCCGGCCCGGCUGUCAGCCCCCGCCAGCCCCGGGUGCCCGGAGCCCGGCGCCCCUCACGCAGGAUCCGCCGCGCCGCAGGCCCGGCCGCCCCGAGCCGCCCCCGGCCCCGGCGCCGGCGCCUACCCGCCAGGUAGUUGGUCCACUUGUACAGGGCCCCCUCCAUCGCUCACAGCCCCGCACCGCCCCGCAUCCUCCUGCGCCGCCGCGGGGAAAGCGCGGCGGCCGCCGCCGCCGCGGGGAUGGGCGCUCCCCUCCCGUCCUCGCUGCUCCCUGCGCGGAGGCGGAGCCGCUCGGCCCGGCCCGGCCCGGCCCGGCUCGGCCCGGCUCGGUUCAGCACAGCCCCGGCACGGCGGCGGCCCCGGCGGCGCCACCCGGCCGGCGGGGCGCUCCGCGCCUCCCAUGCGCGCCCCCCCCGGCCGCUCCCCGCCGUCCCCCUCGCUUCCUGGGGCCGGCCCCGGGAGCCGGCCCGGCCCGCCCACAGCGAGCCGGCCCCGCCGCGACAGUGCCACGCCGGCGGCCUGCGCGGAGCGAGAUGGGCCGCGACAUGAUCCUGGGCCCCAUCCUGCUCCUGCGCCUCCUCGCCAUCGCCCCGUCGCGGGCCGAGGGCGUCGCGACGGUGGCGGAGGAGGUUAAAAUAGAGGUGCUGCACCUCCCCGAGAGCUGCGGCCCCAAGAGCAAGAAGGGGGACCUGCUGAACGCGCACUACGAUGGCUUCCUGGCCAGCGACGGCUCCAAGUUCUACUGCAGUCGGACGCAAAAUGAAGGUCAUCCAAAAUGGUUCGUUCUGGGUGUUGGACAAGUCAUAAAAGGGUUAGAUAUUGCUAUGAUGAAUAUGUGUCCUGGAGAAAAACGGAAAGUGAUCAUUCCUCCAUCAUUAGCAUAUGGACAGCAAGGAUACGCACAGGGCAAGAUUCCACCAAAUGCAACAUUGAUCUUUGAGAUUGAACUUUAUGCAGUAAAUAAGGGACCGCGCAGUGUUGAAGCAUUUAAUCAAAUAGACAAAGACAGUGACAGGAAACUCUCUGAACUCGAGAUAAGCCAGUAUUUGAAAGAAGAAUUUGCAAGAGAUGCAAAAAAACGUCACCCCUCAGUCCAUGAUGAAAUCUUAGCUGAUAUAUUUAAGAAGAAUGACCAUGAUGGCGAUGGUUUCAUAUCAGCAAAGGAGUACAAUGUCUACCAGCAUGAUGAACUCUAAACAUUCAUAAAAUCUUUGGCUGUUUUCUGGACACUGAAUUUAAAAAAAAAAAUCCAAAGUAAUAUUUCAUCACAAAAUCUUUUGUAUUUUUUAUAGUGGCAUCUUUUUAUAUCUAAGGUAACUGUAAAAAUCUUAUUUUUAACACUCAACUAAUAAAAUUUGUUAGGUGUUGCAAAAGAAAUAAAUACAAUUGGAACAUAACAAGAA